AGCUGUAUCCAGACCGCCGGCUUCCCCGUAAUACUCACCCCCUUACCCUUCUCCUACUUAGUCACCGGCCAAAAUUCAAACCCUCACCUUCCCGCCAAAUCAAGAACCCGCCGCUUAACCCUCCCACCAUUACUCGCCACCGCCUUCGCGGGCGUCGUCCUCAUCGGCCUCAGCGACUUCCUCUACACCUAUGGCACGUCCUUCCUCCCUGUCUCCGCUCCCUCGCUUAUAAACUCGACACAGCUCGGAUUCACAGCAGUGUUCUCUUUCUUGAUCGCGAGGCAGAGGUUUACGCCGUACUCAAUCAAUGCGGUGGUGUUGCUGAUUGUCGGAGCGCUCCCCUCCUCCUCCGUCUCUACUUCCUCGCUUCUGAUCUCGACCCAGCUCGGUUUCACCGCGCUGUUCGCGUUCUUGGUCGUGAGGCAGAAGUUCACGGCGUUCUCGAUCAACGCGGUGGCGUUGCUGAGCUUCGGAGCGCUGGUGCUGGGGAUCCAAGCCAAGGGGGACCGGCCGAGGGGGGUGAGUAGGGGGCAGUACUACCUGGGCUUUGUUAUGAUGCUCGGCACGGCGGCGCUUUAUGGGCUGGUGUUGCCGUUGGUGGAGUUGGUGUAUAGGAAGGUGAAGGGGACGGUGACGUUUACGUUGGUGAUGGAGAUGCAGUUUGUUAUGGGUCUGUUCGCUACUUUGUUCUGUGUUGUGGGGAUGAUCGUGAACAAGGAUUUUCAGGCCAUCCAACAAGAAGCCAAGAACUUCAAAUCAGGAGAAACAAGCUACUAUAUGGUGCUCAUUUGGUCCGCAAUCUUUUCUCAGUUCUUCUACCUCGGCAUCAUCGGUGUCAUCCAUUACACCUCCGCCCUCCUCUCCGGGAUAAUCCUCGCCGUUCUCGUCCCUGUCAUUGAGAUCUUGGCCGUGAUUUUCUUCAAUGAAUCCUUCAAUGGAGGGAAGGGUGUUGCUCUUGCACUUUCAAUUUGGGGGUUUGUUUCUUAUUUCUACGGAGAGUACAAAGUGAUGAAGAAACAUAAAGCUCUUGCAGUUGAACCUAGCGUCGACUCAAAUAGCUCGACUUGAAUUUAGUCCAAGUCCUCUCUCACUAUA